UAAAAAACCUCUCAAUUCUUUCAUUCUCCCCAUGAUGAGGGCUGCAGCUGAACGUCCAACUUCCGAACAAAGAUCUUCCAUCGGGAAGAGAUCUUCAUCCCCCCAACUCUCAACAGGACGGCAUGGGAUGGGAUGUUCAGCUCCACCGCAGACAGGGGUCCAAGUCCGCUCGUUGGUAUCACCAAUAGUCCCUCACGACAAUUUUAAGAAGUCUUUUGGGGGUAUUGUGCCCCCAUUUCUUCUAUGGUUUAGGCAGACAAUUCCGGGUCCAUACAUUCCAUCACUUUCUUAUACACUGCUAGCGCCGUGUGUUCACAGCGGAGGGAGUGCAAACCCAGGGUAGUAUCUCCCGUACGGGUAUUUCUAUUUUUAUUUCCCCUCCUUGUCUGCUCCGCGAAUGGGCUCCGCGAGUGCAGCUGAAGACAGGCCUAUCACAUCCAGAUGUGGGGCGCCAUCCGGGCCUUCCACGAUUUGAAUGGGGGGAGGCUUUACGGAUGGAUGUUGGGGUAGCUCACGUUUUUAUGUUUCGAGAUCCCUUUACUGCCAUUCCCGACCCGUUGUUCGAAGCCGUUGGAUUUGCUAUCUGAGCGUGGAGAUUGUGUGCCAUGGAGAACUCUUCGGGGAGCAGCGAGUCGCCUACGGAACUGAAAACGAGGGGGAGAGCGAUCCCUCGUCGUGGGCUGCCGAAGGUUAAGAGCGGGUGUGUGACGUGUAAGGAGAGAAGGGUAGGUGGUGUUUUUUUAUUUUUCCGGGGGUGAAAUAGUUGUAUUGUUCAUUUGAUCGUAUUUUGGAAGUUAAUGGAGAGACACAUAUUUCUUUUUUGUAUUCUCUUUUUCUUCUUGCUUUCCUCCUUCGGUUCCAACUCAGCCAUACUAAUUCCGUUGGGAAUAGGUCAAAUGCGGAGAAGAGAAGCCAGUAAGUCUUUCCAAAAAAACCCAACUAUCAACCAAACCAUUGAAACCCCCCAGGAAUGUCACCGUUGUAUAAAAUUCGGCAUAGACUGCGCAGGCUACCGCCCCAGAAAACCCAAAGCAACACGCGCCAAAAAUGAACUUGCGCCCCGGGGAUUUACAGGCUUCCAAUACGGAGAAUUCGGCCCCUCAGCAAAGUACAUGAAAAACGUCCUCCUCCCCGUCGUUUCCACCGCGCCCUCGGUAUCGUUCUUCAAGAACCAGGAGGAAUCGGACUACUUCAAGAUCUUCAGCACGAAAACCGCCAUGGAGAUCCUCCCACUCUUCGCCUCGGAGUCGUUUCGUAGACUUAUGUUGCAAGCCUCGGAAAGCGACUUGUCCAUCCGUCACGCUGUCAUCGCACUAGGUGCUCUCGACAAGACGAGCCAGUUAGUGUCCAAGUCUGAGAAGGAGAAGGAGAGUUUGAGAAAGCAUCAUGAGAGAGCGCUUCAGCAGUAUGCUAUUGCAUUGAAGCAUAUGCGAGAACAUGCUGAUAAGAAACCUGAUUUGAGGAUUGCUUUGCUGCAUUGUCUGGUGACGUUGUGUUUUGAGGCUUGGAGUGGGAAUCAGAUCCAGGCGAUGGGUCAGAUUCAAUUGGGCUUUCGGUUGAUUCAGGCUUGGAAGGAGGAGAGUGGGAAUGAUACACCGCUUGCGGCUAUGUCGACUCAUGAUUCGGAUUUGUUUAGGAUUUUUGGGAGGCUUGAUGGUAAGUUGUUCUCAUAUCGGAGCACUAAGUUAGUGAGAGUGUACUCAUCAGACUCAUCAUGAGCUACAAUUUCAAAUAGCCAAUCACCCCUUUUUGAUAUACACGACGAUUACAUCCCUCAAAAUUGCUAACCAUCAAUAGUCCAAGCCAUGUCGCUAGCCAAAGACUCCUUCUGGCUCAAAGAACACCCCUUCGUCGACGGCGACAUGAACUCAUUCUGGGCUCAAAUGCCCAGCACCUUCACAUCCCUCGAGGCAGCAGAACCCUACACAGACGGUCUCUCCCGGCGCACAAUGCACAUCCUCUCUCGAGGAACGGGUCGACCAAAGAACAAACACGUAUUCCCCGUCAACGGGUGGUGGGGCGAUAAAACACCCUCGGUAAUGGCAACCCAACAAGAGCUCCUCAAAGACGGUCGUCGAUGGUUCUCAGCAUUCAAAUCAUUGUAUCAAAAAGUUUGUGAGAAAGAAAGUCCCGAACGAGUGAUCUACGCGAAGACGCUGGUGGUCUUUGCGAGGACGGGUCAUCAUGGGACGUAUAUUCUUUGUUGUGAUGAUGAGAUGGAGUAUGAUCAGUUCACCGAUUCGUACCGCGAGACGGUGGAUUACUGCGAGGAUAUUCUGAGGGCGAUGGAGCCGGGUGAGAAGUGGCCGCCGGACCCGAAGUUCUCGUUUGAUUCGAUUGUCGUUAUUCCAUUAUAUAUUAUUAGUCAUAAGUGUCGGAAUCCUGUGGUUAGGAGGAAGUGUAUUUCGCUGCUGCUUGGGUAUUCGCGGAGAGAGGGGGUAUGGGAUUCGAUUUUUGCGGGGAAGAUGGGUCAGGUAAGGGUUUAUGUUUGCUAUUUUGAAUGAGGCACUCGGAUGUUUUGAGGAAAGAAACUGAUUGUUGUGUUUUAGUGGGCUAUGGAGGUUGAAGAGGAUUUCAUUGGCGAGGAUGGAGUGAUUCCCGGAUGGGCAAGAAUCUAUGGGAUGGGCUUCGAAAAAGACAUCGCGGAUCGACAGGCUAUUUUGACAUGUCAACAAAGGAUUUCUCCCUUUUCGAAUGAGGAGAUAACACGACGGAAGGUCAUUACUUGGUAGUUGAUCCAACAAAACUAGACGAACUGCCCAGAAGCAGUUGCUUAGUUGGAUGGAAGGGGCAGAUUCAAAUCCCCUGUACUUCAUAUUGGACCAUGAAUUGGCAUCCAUAAUCCAGCGGAACUUCACACUGCAGGUCCAGUAGGUCGUCAAUACUCAGCGUCAAACGAUUGUCGUCCAUGACGACGGUAAUAUAUUUUUGGCCAAGGUAAAGAAGCUUUCUCAACCUUGCCUUUGGAAGGACCAAGAAGAGCUUGAUGGAUUUGAGGUUGAUUUGAGGUUGAACGUGUGAACGUAGGCGAAGGAACAGAGGUGAUGGUCGUAUCUAAAGAGGGAAAUAAACAGGUAUUGAUGAGAAUUCGGGAUAUAUGUAGUAUGGGACAAAUCAUCCAGUCUUAUAAGUGGUAAACAUACAAUCAAGACAUGCAGAGAACAGUCGAGAAAUGCACAAUCAUAUCUUGCGUUCAAUUUAAGGUAUUUCAUAACAAUCUCUAAGUAAAGUUCAGACCGAGAAUAUGGGAAAGACAAGCUUUCCCCGUCUAGCAGUUGAUUGAGGUUAUACUUUAAACUCUAACCCCAACCCCAUGGAGAGCAGGCGAGCAAGACAAGCCCCUGAAAAGAUUCCAUCAUGAUCACGAACACACCCAAGCAUGAUUUUUAGUCAGGUAUUAGUGUGACUUGAAAUGCAGUCAGCAGCAGAUCAUCAGAUCAAGUAAGACGUCUAUACUUUAAAUCCUCUCUUUCGUAAAACGUGAAUCUCGGGAUAUGUUGUGUCAUUCUUGUCCAGCUCCAGGCCGGGGGGUGCUCGGGAUCUCCGCGCGAGAAUUCCAAAGACUGGCGCUAAUUAACUACUUUAGUACUUUAGGGAGAAACGUCUUCGAGUACUUACUAGAAUAUUAGUGAAGGGAUAUAGUAGAAUCGACCGUAAAAGAACAAACGACGACAAACAUUCAAGGUCAUUCUACGGUCUAGGACACACCAAAAGUGGGCAGUUUAGUACGUAGAGAAUUCGACAACAAGAGCACAAUUGACAGUAGAUAGUAGAUACUAUUCGCGGCAGCAAUCAACCAAUCCUUGAUUCCUAGAAAAUCUAUCUGUAAACCCUCUACAAGCGAUCUAUGUCCGACAAUGACAUAGUGUAAGUGAUCAGGGAGAACCACUCACAUUGACUUGCUAAUAGGUGUAUCUUCACUUCCUCUCUUGCUCUUGACUGGAGGAGCAGCCUUGGAGUCGACAGCAACGGAGGAUAGUACAGUCGAGAUUUUCAAGUUACACUUGGCGAAGACGAGGACAAGAUUGAUUAAUGUUGAAUUUUUGGACCCCUUAAAAACACGAGACUCGAUGGAGAACAGGCGGGCAUUUGAUGCAAGUCAGUCGAUGCUCGCAAGCUCGCAUUACCGCCUGUCUCUACCUUAUUAAGUGGUUUUUAAUUAGGACCUCAUCAAUUAUUGUUUAAUUAGUACCUUAUUAAGUAUCUUUUAAUUAAAACCUUAUUAUAUAUCUUUUAAUUAAGGGCUUAUUAAAUAUCUUUUAAUUAAGGUCUUAUUAAGUAUUCUUUAAUAAAGAUAUUAUUAAGUAUCCUUUAACUAAGAUCUUAUAAAGUGUCUUUUAAUUAAAGCCUUAUUGUGACGAUACGUACGAUGUGUUGCUCAAGGAGCGUCCAAGGUGUAGGUUAUGGAAUCGUAGAACUGUCUAUUCGAAGAUUCUAAGCUGAGGAGAAGAGGAGAGCUCGAGAGAGCUUGAGUCUAAAUACAAUGUGGUUCGCUAAGGAAGCCACGUGAUAUGAAUGGCACGUGACGGUCAGAACCGUCACACUUAUUAUAUAUCUUUUAAUUAGGGUCUUAUAAAGUUUUCUUAAUUAAGAUCUUGUUAAUUAUCUUUUAAUUAAGGGUUAUUAAGUAUUAUUUAAUUAAGAUCUUAUUAUAAGUUAUAUCUUUUAAUUAAGACUUUAUUAUAUAUUUUUAAAUAAAGAUAUUAUUAAGUAUCUUUUAAUUAAAGUCUUAUAAAGUAAGUUUAUAAGUAACUAUAUAUUAAUAAUAAUAUAUUACUUAGAUAGUAUUUAAAUAUUUAAAUCAUUAUUAGGCUUAAAUUAGUUAAUUAUAAUAAUCUACUUACUUUUAAAUUCUAAUUUAAUUUAAGUUAACUUUAAUAACAAUUAAGUUUUAUUAAGUUAGUAAUUACCUAGUUCUUUUAGAAGUAGAAUACUUUUAUUUAUUAUAUUAUUAUAUAUUACUUAAAGUUAAUUCUAUACUAUUACUAUUAUAUAUACUAAGUUUUAUAUUAUAAAGGGUUUAAAGUUAUAAAACUAAGAAUAAAUAUAAGUUUAAAUAAGUAUAUACUAUAUAUUUAGAGCCAUAUAAAGUCUUAAAGCUAUAUUAGUAUUAAAUUACUUAUAAACUAUUAUUAAAUAAAUAUAGUUUAAUUAAAUAAUAUUAAAUUCUUUAAUAUCUAAUAUUUAAAGGUUAAAAGGUUAAUAUUAUAUAUUAGUUAAAUAGUAUUCUACUAAGAUAUAGUACUAAUAAAACUUUAAUUAUAUAUAAAAGAUUAAUUAAACUUUUAAUUAGUUAUAAGGACUAUAUCUGAAAACAUUCUCUUUUUAUAGUCCUUUUUCUAUGGGGGGGCUCAGGGGGUAGAAGGGCUAGGGAAUAUAGGCUAUCUAGAGUCUUAUAUACUAAUUAGAGUAGGUAGACAGGCUAGUCACCUGACCCGGAGUUUUAACCCUCCGUCUAGCUAAGUCGAAAAGUUGGUGCCUUGCAUCGGUAAGGCAGCAAAAACCCCACCAAAAUCUAUAGUCGUAACCGCAAAUCGCUAUUAAAUACCACUUUUAAAUCUAAUCAUAAGUAAACAACGGGAUAAAAAGGCAGGAUUUUAAUAUAGGUACUAAUACAACCUAAUAUAAAGUACUAAACAAUUUAGACACGAUUUGCGCUCGAUGCGGGCUGUUCUUUCGUGCCACGCGUGCCCACCAAAAGUCCCGAUCACCUGACCAGUUUUUUUCGGGUCCAUUCCGGGAACGCUGAGAGCCAAUCAACCCCUGUCUCGCUUCGUGCAAAGACAAUGUAUAUAAGAUCGUGCCUAACCUAGUUAGUAAGGGUGUAUUUAGCUUAGAUUAGUAGACUCCACUCUAUUCGGUAGCGUACCCUAAAAUAGAUAAAACUUACGAAAACUCUAUUCACUUAUUGAGUAUAUACUUGAUGAUAUAUUCGAUUCGAAUUUUAUUUAGCUCGAAUUAAGCUUUAUUAUUAUACUUAGUACUUAAGAAGGUAAUUAUAGGUAUUAGGCUCUAAAAUAGUAGUAUUAUACUAUACUAUACUAUAUAACUAGUACUUAAAUAUAAUAAUACUACUACUUAUAAUAUAUUCGAAUUAAAUAGAGUUUUAAUUAAGGAAAAUUAUAUAUAGUAUUUAGAAUUAAUUUAAUCUUAAAAUAAUAGUAUUAUUCUUAUAAUAACUACUAUUUUAUAUAUAAAUAACUUAUAUCGGUAUUACUACCUAUAAUUAAUUAUUAAUUCUACUACUUUUAUUGUACUACUUUUUCUACUACUUUUACUACUAUUUAUACUACUAUUUAUACUACUUUUUCUAGCUUAAUAUAUCUAAGUAAGUUAUAACUUAACUAAAUCUAUCUACCUCUAUGUCACAAAUCACGUGCUAGCACGUGAGGAGUUAGUCCAGACGGGGUUCUAACAGGACAAACACAUCAUGGCUCUUAUAGCAAAAAGGGAUCGCUUAGGUUGGUUAAGCGAUCCAGGGAUUUCUUAUAAGUCACGUGAUAUAUGCAGGUCGACUUCUCGCCUGGUCGAGAAGUCGAUUAUCGACUAUGUCAACAGUCGACAUUGUCGACUUCAGGAACACGAAGGUUCUAUAUAAGACUGGCACGUCUGCCAUUAGAUAGGAGCUUCGUGCUCAACUUAGUUAUCAAUCUUAUCAUAUUAGUUUGACAUCUUUGAUACAAGUAACGAGUUCACUUCCAAGUGAACAACCCGAUAGUCUUCUUCUUAUCAUAGCAUACCAACCAGCGAACACCCAGCCAAGUUUAGUUAGCCAGUUUGAGUAUUCGUUACACUCUAGUACUACUUAUACCUUACCUACUAAAUAGAAGCUAGAUAUUCGUUAUACUACUCUAGUUACCUAAAUAAAAAGAAGAGAUUAGUUUACUUCUUAAUAAGCUUUAGAUUUUUAAGAGAGCUAGUAAAAUUAGCGAAAAUAGCUUUAAGAGUAAAGUAUAAAAAGAAUAUACUAAACUAUUUAAAGAUUCUAAAAAAGAUAAUAAGGCGUAUUAUGUAAAGUUUACUUAUUUAAAGGAAUAAUAUAAGAUUAUACUUAAUAUUAGAAAUACUUUAAGAUUUAGGUAAAAUAAAGAUAAUAAGAUUUAUACUACUAAGAAUUAGAUCUAGGAAGCUUAUUUAAGUAUAAGUACCUACUAUUUUAGCUUUACUAUUCUAAUAUUAGUAUUAUAGGGUAUACCUAAGGCUUAUUUAUAGAAAAUAACUUUAUUUAUCUAGUUUAAUAACAUACUAGAGAUAUAUAAAGGUUACCUUAUAAUAAUUAAGUAUAUUUAUAUACCUAGUAGUAGUAGAAAUAAUAGUAGUAAUAGAAACUCGAGGUCCUAGUAUAUAUAGGAGCUUAUAUAAACCUAGCUAGCUAGUGAUAAUAAGAAUACUAGAGAAACUAAGAAUGAGAAUAAUAACUGUCUUAAGAGUUUAAUGUGACGAAACUCAAACUAUCUGACAAAGGUAAUCGUUUCGACGGUUGGUAUGCGGGUAAGAAGUACAGAUGCGCCGGGUUGUUUACUCGGAGGUAAACUCGUCACUUGUUAACAAAGAAGUAAUAACUUAACAACUAGAUUGCUAAACUAAGUUGAGCACGAAGCUCCUAUCUAAUGGCAGACGUGCCAGUCUUAUGUAGAACCUUCGUCCUUUCCUGGAUCCAUCAGAUCCCUUCGGGAUCUAUCCCGGUCCAUCACGUGACAGUAACCAAUGGAAAUCCUUGGAUCGCUUAGCUACUCUAAGCGAUCCCUAUUAUAAGAAACCUGGGUGUGCUCUGUCGAGGGUUGCGCCUCCUAUUAUGACAUGUAUCACGUGUACACGUGAUUCGUGACACUUAAUUACCUAGCUAAUUAAACGUUAUAAGGCUAUAAAAUAUAUAAAAAGUAUACUAAAAGACUAGAAAUCGCUUAUAAAUAUUAGAUUUACUCUUAAAUAAAUUACUAUUACUUUUAGCACUUAAGAAACUAACUUAUACUAAAAGAAAACGUUAAUUCUAAUAUUAUAGGUUAAGUAUAAAUCGCUAUCUAGAAGACUAAUUGAAUUAUAGAUUUAAGUAUUUUAAUAUUAAUUCGUUUAUUUAUAAUAAAAGCCUACCUUACUACUAAGUUCCUAGUAAUUAUUACUAAUCACUAAUAACUAUAAAUCUAGUAAAUAAUAUUCGUUCUAUUAGAGAAUAAGUCUUUUAUAAAUAAGUUUUCGACUAAUUCGACUAAAUAUAUUGUUAUAGAAAGGUACCUAGAUAGUAUUCGAAAGAAGCUAGAGGAUAUAAUUAAAGGUAUAAUAAGUAUUAUAGUUAGUACUAAAGAUACUAAGGAUAAUAAGUUAUAGUUAUAGUAUUAUUUUAUAACGUUAGUUAUCUUAUUUACUUUAUUACUUGUUUUAGUCCCUUUUUAUUUUAUAGUAUAAUUGUUACUUUUUAGUAUUUUUAUAUUAUUACUUAGAAUUAUUAUAGAAUACUUAAAUUACUUGAAUUUAUUUUAUAGAUUUAGAUAGAUUAUAUUACUUUUUUCUUUAUAUAGUUAUUCUAUAUAACUUAUCUAUAGUAAUUUUAUUCCUUUACUUAUUAACUCUCUUUAUCUCCGCCUUUCUAAUCUUAUACUCUUAUAUACUACUACUCUUUUAAUCCUAUACCUCUAAUUAGUUAAUAUCUUUACUAAUAUUAGAAAAACUAAUAUCUAUAAUUAAAGAUAGGAUAUUAUAUAAGAUAUAAAAUAUAGGGAUAAGUUCAACCUAAGCCUUAAUUUUAAAGGUAUAAGGAGUUAUUAGGAUCGGAAACUUCUUUUUAAGAACGUUAAAAACCCGCUUUAUAAUAUUAUAUAACUAAGUAUAACGUAGAUUGAAGAGCUCUUUAGUAUUCCUAGGUUCUCUAUAUCUCUCUUUUCUAGCUUAUUCCUAUUCCUUUAGAUAGUAUUAUACCUUAGAAUAGGGAAUAAGGUAGGUAUUAUAACUAGUAAACCUAGUGUCUUCUAAUAUAUAAUAACCUUCCGGUAUUAUAAGCGCUCCUUAACGUAUUAUAUUAAUCUAUAAAGUUAAGUUAAAAGCGCUACUCUCCUAGCUAGGGAGUACGUUUAUAAAUUUUAUAUUAAAAGUAUAAGCUACUAGUAUAUUUUAAAAAAGGGUUUUAUUCUUAUCUCUCUAAAGAGCUCGUUUAUUAUAAAGAAGCGAAAGUAUAAUAUAUAUACUAUUAAUUACUCCUAGAUACCUAUUAAACUCAAGGUUAUAUUUAUAGUUAAAUAAUAUUCUCGAAGAUAGUAAAGUAUUUAUAAAUAAAGUAAUAACGUAUUUAUUAUAAAAGUCUAGCUAUAAAAGAUAUUAAAUAAUUUUAUAGAAAUAAUACUAGAUUAUCUAAGAACUUUUAAUUAAGUAAUUAAUAUAAUUAUAUAAUUAAAGAGAAUAUAUAACUAUAACUUUUAAAAUCGCUCGGCUAGCUUUAGUAUACUUAGAUUACUUAUAACUAUAUAUAGGAAUGUACUUAAUUAUUCUUAUAUUAUAGUAUAUUAAGUAAAUACUAAACUAGUUUUUUGAAUUAGUAAACCUUUAAGAAUAUUAAAUACUUCCUAGGUUAUAUAUAAAUUCCUUUAAAUUCGACGUAGAUUACUACUAAUUAGCUCCUUUAUUUAAACGAAACUACUAGUUUUAGAUAUAUAUUAUAGUAGUUUAGCGAAGUAGUUUUUAUAGUAUAAAGAUAACGAAUAUACGCUAGUAAGGGUUAAAAUUACUACUAAUUUAGCCUUUCUUAUAUAAGUAUAUUACUUCUAAAAAAGGGAUUUUAUAAUUAAUACAAGUUAUAUAUAAAGUAGUAGUAUAUAGUAGUAGUUAUAUAUAGAGUAGGAUAAGCGAGUUAAGUAGUAUACUUAUUAAAAUAUAGAAAAGCUAUAUUACUAUUUAAUAUAGUAUACUUAUAAAGAAGCUAGAUUACUAUAUUUAGAGUAGUAAAAGCUUCUAAUUUAAUAUACGAGCUAAAUAGAAUUAGAACUCGAUACGAGUUAGGAUACGACUAACUCGUAUCGAGUAUAAAACUCUAAUUUGUAUGGUGGACUCGGAGUGUACACUCCGAGCCAAACACACCCUAAGCCAGGCACUGUAAUAUUGAUGCUAGGAAGAAAGUUAGUCCGACGGCAGUUUAAGAGAAGCUUUUACCCGAGAUGUCAUUGGUGGACGGCAAGAUGGUGUUUUGGGAGCAGCAACUGUCAAAUUUACCCGUAGACAUCUCCGACGUACAGCACUUUUCCCCCCUACAGUACUAAUCUUUAUUUACGCUGUCGCAGGACAAUCGUUCUUGGAAUCUCUGAGCGUCAGUGAACGUCGGCGAGGAAUUUGGAUGCGAAUGUCCGGCAAUCCAGUCUAGUCAGCAUACUGUAGCGCCUUACAAGUGCAGCAGUAGAUCUUAGCAUAUCCUAGCCCAGCACCGCUCUGGUCUGGUGAGAGAGAGUACUCCGUACCCUGAGUACCCACGCGACCGAGGACAGCGACAGCACUACCGAUCUCCUCCAAGCCCUUCGACCCCCAAUCGCGUCGCUCGCUCUCCCCAUCGCCGGUCCUCGAUUCGCAUCCUUCGACGGCCUCGGUGGCGCCAGAAAGCGAAAGGCCAUUGAACCGCCCCAAGAAGAUGCACCUCGCGAUGCCCUCGAGGAAAUCCUCGAACCCCCAACCAUAUGUGCCGCGCUCCUCCAAAAUCCCCUCCUUUCGCAGGAAACGAGUGCAGACGGUAGUGGCUUUUGCUGCGGCGGUGGGCAUCAUCAUUUGGAUCCUCUCCGCCGUCACAGGGAGAGAGCAUAUCCCCUCUGGGACGCCGCCGGUGGUGAUUUUGACGGUGCUGGAUGAGGAGAGUUACAGCAAGGAGUAUAUCAAGAAUGUGAAGGAGAACAGGAUAGAGUAUGCCAGGAAACAUGGUAAGCUUGGAGAUGUGCUGCGAAGGGAGACAGCAGGUGUAAUUCUUGCAAUUGGGCUGACUGUAUAACGUUUGUAUAGGCUACGCAACUUUCUUCCCCAAAGUCAAAGAUUAUGACCUCAACGGGGCUCCGCCUUCAUGGGCACGAGUACCUGCUGCUCGACAUGCCUUUACCAAAUUCCCAUUCAGCACAUACGUGUGGUAUCUGGAUCAGAACUCCUUCAUCAUGAACCCGGAGCUCACAGUCGAGACGCAUAUAAUGGACAAGAAGCGCAUUGAAUCAUUAACGAUCAAGGACCAGCCAAUUGUACCUCCCGACAGUGUUAUCAAGACCUGGCCACAUCUGAAGGGAGAAAAUGUGGAAUUGGUCCUCACCCAAGACAAGGAGGGGUUGGCGCAAGGAAGUUUCAUUGUGAAAAGGGGCGAAUGGAGUAAAUUCUUCUUGGAUACUUGGUUUGACCCAUUGUACCGCUCCUACAAUUUCCAGAGGGCAGAUACACAUGCUUUGGUGAGUUCAAUGGCUAUUUCCGCUUUCGCACGUACUGAUCUAAAAUAGGAGCACAUCGUCCAAUGGCAUCCAACCAUCCUCUCCAAACUCGUCCUCGUCCCCCAACGAAUCCUGAACGCAUACGCGAAAGAUCACUACGAUGUGGAAUCUGGCGCUUACAAAGAUGGCGAUUUCGUAAUCCGAUUUGCAGGCUGCGACCAACAAGGACGAGACUGCGCAAAGGAAGCCGACCCAUUCUCCAAACAAUGGAGAACACUAUUCAACGCCAGAUGAUGAGAAACCCCUCACGUCGAUUCUCGAUCCAUAGAACAGCGAAAAGCGAAUGCAAAAGAAGAAAAAAGAGCCGCGGACAGAAAACCCUUCAUGAUCUACGACCAGGGCGAGGAAAUAGGACAUUCCAACCGAAAAAGUCGGGGGCGUUUGAGGCGUAGGAAAGUUUGAUCAUGAUCGACUAUAUGUUGGCAUAUAUGCAUAUUUUUUUCUGUUGAUUCGGGGGAAGGGAUCAUAGUUCUUUGCAUGGAUGGGGACAUUCUCGCUGU